UGACAUGUAGCAGGCAGCGCAGAGGCACCAGGGCCCUCCUCCUUAACUUCACAAAUGAGGAAGUUCAUAGCCGAGCUAGUAGCAGCUUCCUUUUACAGCUUUCGGAGGCAGAGGAUGAACAAGUGAAAGAAAGGACUUAAAGGUACGCACCAUGAAAAGAUGAGAAUAGCCAGAGAGAAAAACUGAGUCUACUUUUGGUUUGCUGGAAUAUAUUUUAGGAGCAGAUGCAAAACUCUUGAGCUCAGACCCCUGGGUUAGAAACAGGAUGCCAAGUUAUCAACCUUGGUUCCAUGGUACUAUAACUCGAUCCAAAGCUGAGGAUCUUCUUUCCAAAGCAGCAAGAGAUGGAAGCUUCCUUAUCCGGGCCAGUGAGUCCAUACAGGGAGCGUAUGCCCUCUGUGUUCUAUACCAGAACUGUGUGUACACAUACAGAAUCCUGCCAAGUGAGGAUAAGAAGCUCUCUGUCCAGGCAUCUGAAGGAGUUCCUAUCAGGUUCUUCUCCAUGCUGCCGGAGCUGGUGGAGGCGUACUACAACCCCAACAUGGGUCUGGUCACACAUCUGCAGUACCCCGUCCAGAGGGAGGAGGAGGUGGACGAGGAGCCAGAAUCCAAUAAUCUCCCUCCACAGCUUCCGCCCAGAAACUUCAUGGGCAAUGAUGUGAAAGACAGUGACCCUCAAAGACAGUCUUCUGAACAGGCCUCCAAGUCCUUAUCGGACACCUACCUGAUGAGACUGCAGUAUAUGGAUUUGUCCACAAUACCAGAGGAACAUCAAAUGGCUCUCCAAGAAUACUUCAGGACCACAAUCUGCUCGGAUGCUGAACAAGUACAGUACGGUUACCCUCACCUCCCCGGGCUGAAGAAGCUAACGAUGGCAAUCUGCAAGAAUCUAAACAGUGAAAUUUCCCGCGUCCUGCCGGUUCUCGAGGUCUUUCACAGAGCGUUGGACCAACAGCUCUCCCCUGGGCUUGGACAAUAUCCAAAGCAAAUGUCUGGUGAUUCAGGUCAGUCUGUAUCUAACAGGCUUGAGCAGCUGACAAAGCUGCUCUACGCAAUAGAAGAUAAGGCAAAAAGCUCUCUGCUUGAGUCUGUUGGAUAUGAAGGAGGUCACAGGAAAUCUCUCAUACCCCUCGUUACGUUUGAGGUCAAGCAAGAAUCUUUGGGUAUUUCCACAAAGAUGUUCCUGAAAGUGGAUGUUGAAAGUGGAAAGCUCUUCUUAAAGAAGUCAGUGGAUGGCCCUGAUGACAAAUUCUUUGUUCACAACAAAAUCCUGCAGUUGGUGAAAUCCCAGAAAAUGCAUGCCAAACUUGUCAUCGUGGCCGAGUCGGAGAAAGAGAAGAUUUUGCGUAAAGAGUUUGUCUUCGAUGACACAAAGAAAAGGGAGGGCUUUUGCCAACUUCUUCAACAAAUGAAGAACAAACACUCUGAGAAGCCGGAGCCUGACAUGAUCACAGUGUUUGUUGGCACCUGGAACAUGGGAAAUGCCGGCCCUCCCCACAACAUUGACUCCUGGUUUCAGUGUAAGGGCCAAGGGAAAACACGAGAUGACACCGCGGAUCACAUCCCGCACGAUUUCUAUGUCAUCGGGACUCAGGAGGAUCCUUUGGGUGAAAGGGAGUGGGCCGACACGGUGAAAGGCAUUCUGAGGAAAAUUACAAACAUCAGCUUUAAACAAGUGGCGAUCCACACUCUGUGGAACAUUCGCAUUGUGGUUUUGGCCAAACCCGAGCAUGAAAACAGGAUCUCACACGUUUUUUCAGACAGUGUGAAGACGGGGAUCGCCAACACUCUGGGAAACAAGGGAGCCGUGGGAGUGUCCUUUAUGUUCAACGGUACAUCAUUUGGCUUCGUCAACAGUCACCUGACCUCUGGAAGUGAGAAGAAGCUCAGACGCAAUCAAAACUACACCAACAUCCUGCGAUUUCUGAAUCUGGGAGAUAAGAAGCUCAAUCCAUUUGACAUCACGCAUCGGUUCACCCACCUCUUCUGGCUCGGUGAUUUGAACUACCGUGUCGAACUCCCUUCUACAGAAGCUGAGCACAUUGUGACAAAGAUCAAACAGCAGCAGUACCAGGAGCUCCUCAGUAAAGACCAGCUCAACAUGGAGAGGAAAGAUGGAAGGGUCUUCCUGCAUUUUGAUGAAGAGGAAAUCACGUUUGCACCCACGUAUCGCUUUGAAAGAGACACCAGAGAGAAGUAUGCCUACACAAAGGCCAAGGCCACGGGGACAAAAUACAAUUUGCCCUCAUGGUGUGAUCGUGUCCUGCGGAAGUCAUACCCUCUGGUUCAUGUCGUCUGCCAAGCGUACGGGUGCACCAAUGACAUCAUGACGAGUGACCACUCACCAUUAUUCGCCUCAUUUGAAGUCGGAGUCGCCUCACAAUUUGUCUCCAAGCAAGAUCCAAGCAGUGCACCUCAGGGUGGGAUACAGAUCAUGAACUGUGUGGCCACCUUGUUGACAAAAUCUAAGACCAAGUUCUUCAUUGAAUUCCAUUCCAGCUGCUUGGAGAAAACAGUGAAGACUUCAGAGGGAGACAACAGGGAGCACUCAGAUGGGUCAAUAAAAGUUUGGUUUGGCAACCAAGUUGAGCUCACCCCGAUCAUCUCUGACCCCGAGUACCUUCUGGAUCAGCACAUCCUCAUCUGUGUGAAGGCGACGGACUGCGACGAGUCGUAUGGGGAGGGUUGUGUUGCGCUGCGAGCUGCACAGUUCUGCUACACAGAGUUUCAGAUCUCGCUGACUCACCACGGAGAGAAGACGGGCACUUUGACAGGUGGCAUCCAGUUACACACGUCUGAGGGCAAACCCACGGAGAAGUUAUACGAUUUCAUCAAAGUUGAAAGGGAUGACACUGUCACCUCAAAAGGCAAAGGCGGUGACCCGACCAAGGGCUCCAUGACCCAAACGCAUGAUAUUUCUAACCCCAGUUACAUGGGCGUAUCCUUCAGAGGUGGCAAUGUGAUAGAUAAAGGUUGGAGUUACAGCAUGCCACCCAAAAAUCUUCCACUCGCCGGACAAGGUUGUAAAGACAUCAAGAAGGGUGGCUAUGAUGUGGGCACACGCAGUCCCACAGGAAAACCCUUAAAUCCUACGGGUGAGGAUGAAAAGGUGUCAGAGAUGUUCGACAAUCCAUUAUACGGUUCAAUGGGAAAAUCACGGGGCAAGGACCAAGAGCACCAGCAGAAGGACCACCUCACACCAGCAGACGGAGACCCUGAUCGCCCCCCGCUGCCCACCCCACGCAACCGCUCCUUCACCUGCUCUGAGACCAAACCUCAGCCUACAGCCCCCAUCACUUUGCUUCCCUUGCCGCACAAGAAACCAGUGGUGCCCUCACGUUCUGAAGGGGGCGCCCCACACAACCGGCCUCCUUUGCCUAGCAAGGCUCGGCCGGGCGUGCCGGAGCCCCAGAACCCCAGAGACUACAGAGACAGCUCCGAACUCCCCUGCAAACUCAGACCGCCAGCAAGACCUGGCCAGCCACUGCCUCACAAAGACAUGCAUCCUGAAGUUCCCAAGAUGGGCCGUUCUGUGAAGUGAGACCGGGCUGCAGCACAACUGUACAGCUUCCUGCUCUGCAUCUUUAGAAACUUUAAAUACAGUAAAAGCCUCAGCCGAUCACUCCCCUGCAAUAUGUAUGACUUAUGACAGACUGUUCAUUUGUAAUGAAGGAAGAGUUCUACAUUUUGGUGAAUAUGCCUGUGCACUUGCUCACUGAGAGUGAAAGGUGAAGUGCGACACCACUUUCACGUCUGUAUGCGAAAUAUGACGCUACAGCCAGUUAGCUUAGCUUAGCUAGCCUGGCUCUGUGCAAAGGGAACAAAAAUCUGGCAACCAGCACCCCUAAAGCUCAUUUAUUAACAUGUUUAUCACAUUUGUCUUAAUGCUAAACUAAGCUAACAUCUCCUGGUUGUAGUCCUACAUUAAAAGUACCAACACGAGCAUGGCAUCGAUCAUAUCUACUUCAAAGCAAAAAGGUGCACUUUCCAAAAUGUCAAACUCUUCCUUUAAGGUGAUAAAAACAUUAGCAACACAUUUUCAGACUACCGCUAAGCUCGCAUUAAAAGGAAGGUUUGAAGUUAAACUAUGCUUAUAAAUAACUCUGUUACAUUUCAUGUAGAGUUUCACACUAUACAUACAGUAGCUGAUGAAUGUUUACCGCACAGUAUUAUGUUGCACAGACGGUAACAUGUUUGCCAUGAAGAGAUGUACAAUAAAUGCUCAAAUAAAUUCAAAUAUCAGCAUAAUGUGGGAUCUUUAUCACAACCUGAAGUCACGAUUACUGUCUGUGAAA